UAGUACUAAUACCGUUGAAAAGAAUUUGCAACCAACUAAAUAUACCAGAAUCUAUAGCAUUCCAAAGUUUGUACUAGUACAACAAGAAUUCAGACACAAUCAGACAAGGGCGUUAAGAAAGAUAUUCACGUUGUCUUUUCCCCAAUGGAAAGAGUCCAAAUUGCUAUUCAAUUUUCUCCCCCAUGGUGAUGAAGAGAGGAUCUUUCACAGAGGUAGAGCUCCUAUAAUUAGGCCCAAGUCAUUCCAACAAGCAAACCAAAACUACCUACAAAACACCUCAAAACCUUGCUAGUUCACUCUCAUUCACCUUUGCAGUUGCAGUGGCAUGCUAAUACCAUUUGGUCUAGCAGCUACCAGCCCAAUCCUUCUAGGGAUUGCUACUUUCCACACCUCAAAACUUGAGCUCAAAUGAUCCGCAUCCGCCCAAUGCUAGGCCGACAAGUGUCGCGAUCCUAGCCAUCACUAACUAUUUGGCUUGGCUCUGCUGGAUCAUCAGCAUCCGAAUUUUGUAGCACGUUGGCACGUCCGUACGAGGAGUCCGUGCAUGGAGCAGGAGCUGAGGAGCGGCGGUGGCCUCAGGGCGCACAGCUCCGUCUGCUUCUCCGGCGCACUCAUCGGCCCGCGUAUCCAGCAGCUGCUCCUCCACUGCGCCGCCGCGCUCGAGUCCAACGACGUGACUCUGGCGCAGCAGGCCGUGUGGGUGCUCAACAACAUCGCCUCCUCGCAGGGGGACCCCAACCAGCGGCUCACGUCGUGGCUGCUCCGCGCGCUGAUCGCGCGCGCGUGCCGGCUGUGCGGCCCGGCCGGCGCCCAGGCUGCCGUCGUGAGGCUGCCCGCGAGCGGGGCGCCCCUGGAACGGGCCAUGUCGGUCACGGAGCUCGCCGAGUACGUCGACCUCACGCCGUGGCACCGGUUCGGAUUCACGGCCUCCAACGGCGCCAUCCUCCGGGCGGUGGCGGACAGGGCCGCCGUGCACGUCGUCGACCUCAGCGUCACGCACUGCAUGCAGUGGCCGACGCUCAUCGACAUGCUGUCCAAGCUGCCCGGGGGGCCGCCGACGCUCCGCAUCACCGUGCCGUCCGCUCGCCCCGACGUGCCGCCCCUGCUCGGCGUGUCGGACGAGGAGCUCGGCCUCCGGCUGGGCAACUUCGCCAAGUCCAAAGGCGUGCAGCUAGAGUUCAAUGUCGUCAAGGGCACGAGCACGAUCCCGAAGUCGUCUCCAAAGAAACAGACGCUGUGCCAAGACCUGGCGUUCGUCCUGUCCGACCCGCCGUCGCUGGGGCUACGGGACGGCGAGGCGCUCGUCGUCAACUGCCAGAACUGGCUCCGUCACGUCACGCCAGGCUUGAGGGACCCGUUCCUGGACACCGUCCACGCGCUCAACCCGUGCCUAGUCACCGUGACCGACGAGGACGCCGAACUGGACUCGCCCAGCCUCGCGUCCCGCAUCGCCGGCUGCUUCAACUUCCACUGGAUCCUGUUCGACGCGCUGGACACGUCCGCGCCCAGGGACAGCCCGCGGUGGCUGGAGCACGAGGCGGCCGUGGGCCGGAAGAUCGAGAGCGUCGUCGGGACCGACGCCGACGCCGACGGAGGGGAGCGGUCCGAGUCCGGCGCCAGGCUCGCCGAGCGGAUGCGGCAGAACGGGUUCGCCGGCGUCGGCUUCGACGAGGAGGAGGCGGCCGAGGUGAGGCGCCUGCUGAGCGAGCACGCCACUGGGUGGGGCGUGAAGCGGGAGGAGGACAUGCUGGUGCUCACCUGGAAGGGCCAUGGCGCCGUGUACACGAGCGCCUGGGCGCCGAACUAAGUAUAGGCAUCUCCAUUAGCGAUCAAAACUGGUGUUAAGAUGCAUACCACCAUGGCAAGAAAGUAGGUUAGAUUGCUUAUUAGCUCAACAAGGAUCAAAAUAAACGGAUGUAACAUAGAAACAGUCGUCAGAAGUUUAGUCAUUUUCGUUCGUCCAUGAUCACGGUGAAAGAAUCGAUUAGGACUAAGGUGAAAUGAAGAUCUCAUAUUUUCAUGUAACAUUUACGAUCAAGCGAUGGAGUUCUCGGCUUCGAA